AUGGGGAAAUUACGUAAGAGUAUCGGAAUACUUUUUGUGUUCUUAUUACUAGUGAUAGUAAUAGCAGAAUGCCAAAAAGUAAAAAAAGAUGAAUUACUCGAGGGCUUUGAAGGAGGUGGUUUUGGCAACGGAGAAGGUUUCGGUAAAAGUGGUGGAGAUGCAGGUGGUGGGUUUGGAGAUGAACAUGGAAGUGGUGUAGGAGGAGGAGCUGGCGGAGGUGGUGGAGGCUAUAGAGGUGUAGGAGGUGGUAUUGGUGGAGGUUUAGGUGGUGGAGGUGAACAUGAUGGUAUUGGAGGAGGAGUUGGUGGUGUUGGAGGAGGUGGAAGUGGUGCUGGUGGGGGUUUAGGAGGAGGAGAUGGUGGUGGCAUUGGAGGAGGAGCUGGUGAUGGUAGUGGAGUUGGAGGAGGUGGUACUGGAGGCAGCAUAGGAGGUGGACAUGGUGGAGGUGGAGGUGGAGGAGGAGGAGUUGGUGUUGGUGGAGGUUAUGGAGGUGGUAAAGGAGGAAGUGCCAGAGGAGGAGCUGGUGGAAUUGGAGGUGGACAUGGUGGUCGCAAUGGAGGAGGAUUUGGAGCUGGUGUUGCUAGUGGCACUGUAGGAGGAGUUGGUGGGGGAUAUGGAGAUGGAAAAGGUGGAGGUGUUGGUGGUGGCUUUGGAGGGGGACAUGGUGGUAGUGCUUGUGUUGGAGGUGGCAAAGGUGGCGGCAAUGGAGGAGUUGUAGGUGGUCAUGCAAGUGGGAGUUCCCGUGGCAGUGGCUAUUAA